GUAUGCUUGGCUCGUCCUCUCAGCCCCUACGUCAGCCGGUCCUGGUUUGAACAGGCUGUCAGAGCCGGUCCCGGACGCAGACAGACGGACAGAGGUGUUCGGAGAUGACAGCCACGGGCCCAGGAUGUAGGACACCUGCGCAGAGCGGCGUGUGGUGCGUUUAGAGACGGGACUAAUUCUGGAUUCAAUGCAUUUGCUUUUCCUGCCCAGGGAUGAGUUGGCUCCUGUGGUGGAUUCUAACCGCAGCCGGGAUUCAACAGGCCUACUCCCAGAAUUCCACUGCCAUGCCGCCGACCACAGCGGUCACAGACGCAUACAACCGGACGCAGUACUGCAGGUGGCCAUGCGACUGCCCCAAGGCCAUCCCCACCUGUCCGCCAGGCGUGAGCCUCCUCAUGGACGGCUGCGACUGCUGCAAGACCUGCGCCCGGCAGGUGGGCGAGGUGUGCAACGAGGCGGACACCUGCGAUUACCACAAGGGACUGUACUGUGACUACAGCUCGGACAAGCCUAGGUACGAAAAAGGAGUGUGUGCAUAUAUGGUUGGAACAGGCUGUGAGCAUGAUGGUGUGAUCUAUCGUAACGGGCAGAGCUUCAAGCCCAGCUGUAAAUACCAGUGUGUGUGUGUGAACGGGGCCAUCGGCUGUGUGGCGCUGUGCACAGAGUCCCAGCCUCCUCGGGUGUGGUGCCAAAACCCACGCCGGGUCAAAGUCCGAGGACAGUGCUGUGAGCAAUGGAUCUGUGAUGAACCCAAAAGAGGGCGCAAGACAGCGCCGCGGCAUGCAGUAGAGGCUUUACCAGCUGAGACCAGGAGCUGGCACAAGAACUGCAUUACCCAGACUACCUCAUGGAGCCCCUGCUCAAAGACCUGUGGCCGCGGCCUGUCCAUGAGGAUCUCCAACGCCAAUGAUCAAUGUGAGCUGGUCAAAGAGUCCCGUCUGUGCAACCUGCGGCCCUGCGACGUUGACAUCACCAAACACAUCAAGCCUGGAAAGAAAUGUCUGAACAUCUACAGGGAAGAACAGGCCACAAACUUCACCAUCUCUGGUUGUACCAGCAAGAAACAGUACAGGCCCAAAUACUGCGGCGUCUGCACAGACGAGCGCUGCUGCAUCCCCUAUAAGUCCAAGACCAUCGACGUGGACUUCGUGUGUCCUAAUGGGAUGGGCUUCACCUGGAAAAUGAUGUGGGUCCAGGCCUGCUUUUGCAACCUGAGCUGCAAAAACCCCAAUGACAUCUUCGCAGAGCUGGAGAGUUACUACGGUUACCCCGAAGUCGUGAACUAAAAGGUUUAUCGAUCAGGCUCAGACUCUUUCUUCUGACUUCUUUAAAAAUGAUGGUUAAUUCUUCUGCAAUGUUUUGUAUUUGUAAUACGUAUGAUUAUGUACAAGGGAUUUUCUUAUCUUCUUUUUUCCUAUUGGAAAAAUUUGUAAAUAUGAAACAUGUACUUGUCUCCAGAACAGAUUCUUAAAGCAUAAUGUGCUUUUGAGGAAUAUUUGAGGAAAUGCUUUUGCAAGUGAAAAUAUUCAGGCAGUGAGUGUGUGAAUUUUUAAAGGCUUAAUUUAUUUAUGUUGCUUUUACAUAUGUAAAUCUCAAAUGCUCUCAAGAACAAGUAGUGUUUAGACUCACCUGUCAAAUUUGAUGAGGUUUUACUGUAGCAGUUUCCAUCACAUUUUCCUUAAAGUGAAAAGUGAAAAGGCAGAUACAAGCCCAGAUGCCAAAGACAGUGUGACUAACCCCAUUUUCCAUUAUUAAAUAACGAUGCAAUCAGGGAAAAUCUGUUACAAGUUUUUUUUUAUUGUCAUUUUUUAAAUAAAUACAAACUGUUAUGUCAUUUUAAUGCUUUUCUACAGCAUUAGAUGGUUGUGCAUUGCAUCUUUACAAAGCCGUUUAUAUGUUCUACAAAGCAAAUGUCGCUGUAGUGCAAGUAAAAUAUGGGAGUAGAAGGUUUCAGGUAAGUUCUACAGCUACCCUAGUGUGAACAUGUGGACCUAUGAACUUCACUCAUCCCAGAAAUCCACAACCACAUAGGAGCAUCGUAUCUAAAAAGUGAACAAUUCUAUGGCACAUCUUUGUUCUUUUGUGCUUGAUUGCAUAGAAAUAAUCAUAAAAAAGAGAAAAAUAACUUUGUCUGAAGCCAUGAUCUAUUAAUAAAGCAUAUCAUGUAAAAGCUUUUGAAUUUUUCAGUGUGUUUUGAUUAAUGACCAAGCAUAAAGUCU